ACAACAAUAAAAUUUGACAUAUAUAGAAAUUAAAUCUAAUAAAGAAAAAAAUGAGUUUGAUUUUAAUUUAAAGAAAUUUUAUUAAAAAUUUGAAAAAAAUAUACAGAAAAAUGUCACAAUUUAAUGCAGACGAUAGUGAUUGUAUCAUAGAAGAACGUAAUAUAACAUGUAUAACCAUAGACGAUUCCCAGGAGAUUGCAUGUCUAAGUGAGAGUGGUGAAGAUGAAGAAUUGCCACCGCCGCCACCUGCUCUGGACCAAGAGAUGGAAGAAGGUGAAGUGAGUGAUGAUGAAAAGGAUAAUAUGCAAAAAGAAACUAUUUGCGAGUUAAAGUUUCCGAAGAAAAGUCUAUAUGAAGAAUAUGGCAAGCUUAUAAUAGACACAAUAAAAGAAGGAUUAAGUGCUAAAAUGCCGGGAAAAUGUAUCGAAAUAACGCAACAAGUAAUUGAAGAAUGUAUAACGUUGAUGGUGCAAAAAGUGGUGGCCAAAAAUGUAGAAGAUAUACCCAUGCCGCCCUCCUUAAAAGUAGACACGAACCGAGAAAAUCGCGGUGAAGCCUUUGAAAAAGAACUCUCUCCGGAUUUAAGUGGUAUAAGUGAGCUAUUUACUAUUGAUACAGCACCGGCACCUAAAAUUGACAGUGUUAAAGUACCUUCCUAUAAAAGAGCUAUCAAAGAUGCCCUCUUGGAUGGUGAGGCGGCAGCACGUAAAAAACAAAAAGAAGAAGAGGAAGUAUUCAAAACAAAAAAGACAAAUUCUUGUUUCAAUUGUGGCGAUACUGGUCACAGCAUUAGGGAUUGCACCAAGCCACAUAAUGCCAAACGCAUUAAGAAUGCUAAGAGAGCCUGUUUUAAAGUGGAACGUUAUCAUGUUGAUAUUGAACAAAGAUUUGCCCAUCUUAAGCCAGGUUGUAUAAGUGAUAAAUUGCGUGAAGCUUUGGGUUUAAGAAGAGGCGAAUUGCCAUUUUUCUUCUAUCGCAUGCGUGUUUUGGGUUAUCCACCUGGUUGGCUGGAAGAAGCUAAAGUGGAACAUUCCGGUAUAAAUCUAUUUAAUUCGGAUGGCACCAAAAUUUUACAUUCAGACGAAGAUGAAGGUGAAGUGGAUGCCGUUAAUCAUAAAUAUAAUAUAUCAAAAAUUUAUGAUUUUCCUGGUUUUAAUCAAGAUCCCGGUGAAAACUUUUUCGAUGACUACAAAUAUCACAACGUUCCUCCUUUAAGCAAACAUCAAAUGAAAGAUGAAUUUGUUAAAACUAUGGGUGAUCACGUCUUAAAGGGUUAUAAACGUAAAAAACUUAAAGAUUUUCCAAAUGCCUCAGCCGAAGACAAUAUAACUGAAACUUCAGUACAAGAAGCGUGCGAUAUGGAAAUUGAAGAUCCUGAAAAAACAACAUUAGGUGAAGUACAAUUUUCAAGACCACCACCACCAGCUGAUAAUCCACCCUCAGUAUCACCGCCGCCGCCACCACCACCAUCAGAAUCUCCAACAAUUGAAAUUGAUUGCCAAGAGAAUGACAUAUCCUUAAGAGAAUUGGAGAAGCAAAAACAACAACUAUUAAAAGAACUAAAUUCCAAUACCAGUGUCAUUGAAAUAGAAGAUUCCCUAAUCGAUGAUAUUAUCGAAUUAGAUGAAGAAGAUGAUAAACGAACGCAGGACAAGACAAACGUACAAACAAAAUCCGACAAUUCUUCAGAAUCAACACCAAUAGACGAAAAUAGAAAACCUACUAGCCAAACAACAGUCAUUAAGGAAUCCUUUGAGGGUACACCAGUUUUGAAAUUUUCCCCCUAUGAUAAUUUACCAAAUGGUGAAAAAUUUAAAGUUGGUGUUAGUGAUGUUAUAAAUUUUGAAAAUUUACCCGAUUCUACUGGCAAAUAUGAACAAAUGAAACAAGUUCUUAAAAAAGUACGCACGUGUGUAAGUAAAUUACAUAGUGAGGAAUGAUAUAUAAAGGAAUAAGAGCAUUUAAUAAUCAAAUACAUACAAACAUAUAUCACUGCAUCUAUACAAAGGAACCUGGUGAUGAAUUUGUAUAUAUGAAAGGUUAUUUUAAAAAAGAAGAAAAAAGAAAUUAGACAUAGAUUUAUAAUAAAAAUGAUUAGAUUUUAUCUUUACACUUAUUUAAUAAUAAAAAAAAUAUUUUAAAUUUUAA